AUGGCGCCCGGAAAGCAAAAGGCCCAGAAGAUGUCCCUCGGGAACUUCUUGGCCGACGAGAACUUUGGCUCUUGGGCUGACGAGAUGGAGGACAUGCCUUUGCCUGCUGCUCCUUCCUCGUCCGGCUUCGGAUCCGACCGUCGCCCACCUCCCGCUUCGUCUGCUGGAUUCGGUGGAAGUGGUGGCUUCAACGACCGCGGCUAUGCGCUGAGAGAGCCACUCCCCCUGCCCACCCAGCCCCCGUAUACGGCCCAUAUCGGAAACCUCUCUUUUGAUGCGACUGCCGAUGAUGUCUCGGAGCUCUUCGCCGAGUGCAGUGUCACGAACGUCCGUAUUGUGGAGGACAAGCUGACAAAGAGCCCUAAGGGUUUUGGUUACGUUGAAUUUGAGACUGUUGACGGUCUGAAGAAGGCUCUUGAUCUUUCUGGAGCGACCCUUCAAGGACGUGCUAUCCGUAUCAGCAUCGCCGAACCUCCCAAGGAACGUGACGUGAAAGAGCUUGACUGGACUCGCAGGGGCCCUCUGCCAUCUGCUCCGGAGCGCGAGCGCCGGGUUCCUGACCGCUCCUCCUUCGGGCGCAACCUCGACAAUGUGUCCGAUGCUGGUAGCGAGCCGCGACGUCGCAGCAACUUCGAGAGCGACGGCAAAGUGCGCGACUUCUCCAACUGGGAGCGCAAGGGUCCUCUCUCUCCCCCGCCUGCAAGAGAAGGCGGUCGUCCUCGCACCAACGAAGGCCCUGGUUUCAGAAGAAGCUCUCCCGCCUGGGGCGAGGGACGCUCGCAAGAUGGCUCUCGCCCUCCUCGCCGCGAAUUUCAAGAACGCGCUCCUACCGCCGCUGAGCUUGACAACCAGUGGAGAGCCCGGAUGAAGCCCGACCCUUCGCCAAAGGAAACCAGCAACCCGCCCUCGCCCGCGGCCGCUCCGGCAGUUCCUGUUUCUCCCACCGCUGCGGCACCUGCACCCGCCACACGGCCGAGGUUGAACCUGCAAAAGCGUACCGUGACAGAGACAUCCAGCCCCACUCCCACCUCUGAGUCCAAGUCGAGCAUCUUCGGUGGUGCUAAGCCCAUUGAUACCGCAACCAGGGAGAAGGAGGUCGAGCAGCGCCGCCAACUCGCCCUGCGUCAGAAGAGAGAAGCCGAUGAAAAGGCCAAGGCCGAGAAGGCCGAGAAGCAACGGGUCGCCAAGGACGCGGUCAAGUCUGAGAAGCCUGGUUCUACUCUGGACCCCAACGGCAGGGAUACAGCUGAAACUCCCCAAGGCGGUACCAACUUUGAGAUCCUCCGGCGGGCCGGUGGCGAUGAGAGUGGUAUGAGUGCCGAUCAGGAUCAAGAACAGCAGGCUGAGGCUGCCGCUGCUGGGACCACCGAGGCCCCGAAGGCGGACAAGGCCAACGGUAACUGGAGGCAGCCCGCACCCACCGAGGGUGCCGCGGACGACGAGGGCUGGAGCACCGUCGGCUCAGGUCAGCGCCGCAACCGCCGUGGUGGCCGUAACUAA